GUUAACAGCAGUACAACAACACGCGUUGAAAAGAAACGUUUACAUCACAUCACAUCCUCAUCAUCUUCGUCCACCUCCUCGUCGUCCACAUCAUCGUCCGAAAUGAAGACGGCAGCACUGCAACGCGAUUUGAGCGAAAUGAAAAAUUCCAUGUCUGAAAUAACCGAUCUUGUUGGCCGCAAUGCCAACAACACGAAUAGCGGUGCACUGGGCAGCAGCAGCAAUAAUUUGGCCAUCUCAGCAGCAGCACAUCAACCAUCCAUAAACGAUCUCACACAAUUGAAAGCGCUGAACAGUGCGGAUGCCAUUGAAAAUUUGAAAAAGAAAAUCCGCUCAUCCAUUGAAAAUCUCGUCGACAGCGAUGCCGAACCGUUGGUCACAUUUCCCGAUGCCGAUGACGAUCAUCACAAAUUGGCCGAUUUGGUUAGUGUCUCGAAUGGCAAACUUACCACCACCAAUGGCUUGGGCGGUUCGGGUAAAAUUGUCGAUACCGUUAAAUUCGAAGAGAGAAGCACAAAGACCGAAUCGAAGACGAAAGUCGUAGCCGAUGGUUUCAGCACGGAGCAGGCAACUAGCAAUUUGGCUGAAAUGAAACGGCUACAGACGGGUGAUAUCGACUAUCAGGAGGCUAAAGCGGCAGCAGCGAUGCGUAAUCGCACCGAAAUGGAUGGUGUGAAAACGGAAGAGAAUGCCGCCGUCAUACAGGAAGCCCUUUCGCUACGCACUGGCGAUAUUACUCAACAGGCUAGCAAUAAUGUGGCCGCCGCCAGUAUUAAAGUGCAAAGUGACACCUUCUCCGCCGACAAGAAAGCCAUCUCACAAUCGCAGCAAUCACAGACGAUGACCUCGAACGGCAUCAUCAGCCAGGAGAAGCACGUCUCGUCCGCAUCGCAAGCGAAUUACACAAUGACGCAUAAAGGCGUUUCCAGUUCGGGCAGCAGCAUGAUUUCCACCUCCUCGCAAAUGUCCGCCACCAACGGCGCACUCAUCAAGCUGCACGAUCUUAAGUUGGACGACUUGAAAGCGCUGACGUCCGGUAGUGGUCAGCGUGAAAUCGAGCAGGCAAUUGCCAAGUACUCCGGUGUAUUGCAGUCAUUCGUGCACACGCUGGAAGAUUCCAAGGCUGCCCAGGAGAAAUCCAUGUAUUUGGAAAAGAUCAAUGAAGUUAUGCAGCGCGCCUGGGCUGUGCCCACACACGGACAUGAGCUCGGCUACAGUUUGUGCAAUUCGUUGCGAAAAAAUGGCGGUCUGGAUUUGCUCAUGAAGAACUGCGUGCAGGGCGAUGAGAAAACCAUCUUCUCUUCGGCCAAGUUGCUGGAGCAGUGCCUCACCACAGAGAAUCGCACACAUGUCGUGGACAAUGGACUCGAUAAAGUGGUGCAUGUGGCUUGCAAGUGCACGAGAAAUACCGAGUAUUCGCGCGUGGGUACCGGCAUACUGGAGCAUCUAUUUAAACACUCGGAAGGCACGUGCUCAGAUGUCAUCAAAUUGGGUGGCUUGGAUGCCGUGCUAUUCGAAUGUCGUACAAGUGAUGUAGAAACUCUGAGACAUUGCGCAAGUGCCUUAGCCAAUUUGUCUUUGUAUGGUGGCGCCGAAAAUCAAGAGGAAAUGAUCUCACGCCAAGUGCCUAUGUGGCUGUUCCCGUUGGCCUUCCACGAUGACGACAACAUCAAGUACUACGCCUGCCUUGCGAUCGCCGUGCUAGUCGCCAAUAAGGAAAUCGAAGCUGAAGUCAUCAAGACGGGUUGCCUCGACUUGGUGGAGCCCUUCGUCACCACACACGACCCCUCAGAGUUCGCACGUUCAAAUCUGGCGCACGCGCACGGCCAGAGCAAACAUUGGCUGGAACGUUUGGUGCUGCUUAGUUCGAAUCGCGAGGAAGCGCGCAACUUAGCUGCCUUCCAUUUCUGCAUGGAAGCGGGCAUUAAGCGCGGCCAGGGAACACUGAAAUAUUUAGAAAUCGGCGCGAUCGAAGCGCUCAAGACUGUAGCUAGUUGCCCCAAUGCAAUUGCCUCAAAGUUUGCGGCGCAAGCGCUACGGCUAAUCGGCGAAACCGUGCCGCACAAACUGUCACAGCAAGUGCCGCUGUGGUCUGUCGAAGACGUCCAAGAGUGGGUGAAGCAAAUCAACUUCGGACAGUUUGUGACAUUCGAAGAAUCCCAGGUAGAUGGCGAUCUGCUGCUCAAGCUCAACGAGGACAAUCUACGCGAUGACAUUGGCAUCGCUAAUGGCAUUCUGCUGAAACGUUUCGAGCGCGCUCAAAAUCUCAAACGCAUGGCUGACUACUCCUCCAAGGACACAGCGAGAAUGCAUCAGUUCUUGGCCGAAAUCGGGCCGGAAUACUGCACCUACACAUAUGCAAUGCUGCAUGCAGGCAUAGAUCGAAACUCGUUGCCACAGCUGAAUGAAGAUAUGUUAAUC